UUAAAAGGACGAAGACAAAAAAAAACCCAUCAUGGUCGUCGCCAAUCGUCAUCUCCCAUUUCCUCAUCCUCCACCUAUCGCAAGGCCAUACAUAUCACCAACAGUGAAGACUUUUGUCUCUCUUCCUCACUCUACAGAAGCAGUGAUACCAACCAUGACCUCCUCAUCAAGAAAGCUUCAGGUUAUGACACCUGUCCCCUCCGACAUCGACAUUGCCAACUCCGUCGAGCCUCUACACAUCUCCGAGAUUGCCAAAGAUCUCAAUCUCAGCCCUCUCCACUACGAUCUGUACGGCAAAUACAAAGCAAAGGUUUUGCUGUCUGCAUUUGAUGAGCUUCAAGACCGAGAAGACGGCUACUACGUUGUUGUCGGAGGGAUCACUCCAACUCCUCUUGGAGAAGGCAAGUCCACUACAACCGUAGGUCUCUGCCAAGCCUUGGGAGCUUACCUGAACAAGAAGGUUGUUACUUGUCUUCGCCAACCGUCUCAAGGACCGACCUUUGGGAUCAAAGGAGGCGCAGCUGGUGGUGGGUAUAGUCAGGUGAUUCCCAUGGAUGAGUUUAACCUCCAUCUCACUGGAGACAUCCACGCCAUCACUGCCUCCAACAACCUCUUAGCUGCUGCUAUCGACGCUCGGAUGUUCCACGAGGCUUCUCAGUCAGACAAGGCUCUCUUCAACAGGCUGUGUCCUGUUAAUAAAGAAGGGAAGCGUAGUUUUACUGACGUUAUGUUUAGGCGUUUGAGGAAGCUUGGCAUCUCCAAGACUAGUCCUGAUGAGCUUACUCCUGAGGAGGUUAAGAGGUUCGCUAGGCUUGAUAUUGAUCCUGAGUCUAUUACUUGGAGGAGGGUGAUGGAUGUUAAUGACCGGUUCUUGAGGAAGAUGACUGUUGGUCAGGGGUCUGAGGAGAAAGGGAUGAUUAGGGAAACAGGGUUUGAUAUCUCUGUUGCUAGUGAGAUCAUGGCUGUUUUGGCUUUGACAACUUCUCUUGAUGAUAUGAGAGAGAGGCUUGGUACGAUGGUGAUUGGUAACAGCAGGGCCGGGGAGCCCAUCACGGCAGAUGAUCUCGGCGUUGGAGGAGCCUUGACUGUUCUGAUGAAAGACGCUAUUCACCCUACGCUCAUGCAGACACUUGAAGGAACGCCUGUCCUAGUUCACGCUGGUCCUUUUGCUAACAUAGCUCAUGGGAACUCGUCUAUCGUUGCGGAUAAAAUCGCUUUGAAGCUGGUGGGACCUGGCGGGUUCGUGGUGACGGAAGCUGGUUUUGGUUCUGACAUUGGUACGGAGAAGUUUAUGAAUAUCAAGUGCCGUUACAGCGGGCUAAGGCCUCAGUGUGCGGUUGUCGUGGCGACUGUUAGGGCCUUGAAAAUGCAUGGUGGUGGGCCUGGUGUUGUCGCCGGGAGGCCUCUUGAUCACGCCUAUGUAAGCGAGAAUGUUUCCUUGGUGGAGGCUGGUUGUGUGAAUCUAGCGAAGCAUAUAUCAAACAUAAAGGCGUAUGGUGUGAAUGUGGUUGUGGCUGUGAAUGUGUUCUCAACGGAUACCGAAGCAGAACUAAAUGCAGUAAGGAAGUUUUCGAUGGAUGCUGGAGCUUUUGAUGCUGUCAUUUGUUCCCACCAUGCUCAUGGUGGCAAAGGAGCGGUGGAUCUUGGCAUUGCGGUUGAAAGAGCUUGUCAAAACAUUACACAACCACUUAAGUUUCUCUACCCACUUGACAUUAGUAUCAAAGAGAAGAUUGAGGCCAUUGCCAAGUCCUACGGAGCCAGUGGUGUUGAAUACUCAGACCAGGCUGAGAAACAGAUUGAGAUGUACACUCAGCAAGGUUUCUCCAACCUUCCUAUAUGCAUGUCGAAAACACAGUACUCGUUCUCACAUGAUGCAUCAAAGAAAGGAGCACCUUCGGGUUUUGUGUUGCCGGUAAGAGAUGUAAGAGGGAGUAUUGGAGCUGGGUUCAUAUAUCCCUUGGUUGGUACAAUGAGUACCAUGCCUGGACUUCCGACAAGACCUUGCUUCUAUGAAAUUGACAUUGACACUGUCACUGGAAAAGUUGUUGGCCUUUCUUAAUUUAGUGAUUCUUUCAAGCUUAAAAGAAGCUUCACUCACUCGCAUUAUUUGUUCCUUCAUUCAACAAUAAAAAAUGAUGAUUGUUUUGUACUUUGAACUUCGGUUGUUUUUAGUUUGAAAUGAAUAAGAAGAAUGUGUGUAUCA